AUAUGAUAAUUUUGGUGGGCGAAGUCCAUAUAGCAAAAUCGUGUACGGUAAGAAAUGAGAAAGACAGCUGCUUAGCUUUAGCAGUAGUUGUUGCAGUUCGUUAUCCUUAAACCACUCGCCGGAAAACGACCAUCGGCGUCGGACCUCCGAAACUCUCCGACGGCGGCGGAUGGCGACGAUAGCAGGGACACCAUGGGUGAGGAUUAAGGCCUUCCCGAUGCUGAAUCCUCCAAUUCUACAUCGCUCAAAUUUGUAUUUUGGGGAGAGAUGCAUCCCAAAAUUUCGAAGGAGUUUCUCGGUGUCGGCUUCUGUAGAUAAGGUCGAUGGAGGAGAAGUUCGAGUCCGUUUUGCUCCUUCGCCUACUGGAAAUCUUCAUGUUGGUGGAGCAAGAACUGCCCUCUUCAAUUACUUGUUUGCUAGGGCCAAUGGUGGAAAGUUUGUUCUGAGAAUUGAAGAUACUGACUUGGAAAGGUCCACUCGACAAUCUGAAGAGGCCGUGUUGAAAGAUCUUUCUUGGCUUGGUCUCGAUUGGGAUGAAGGCCCAAAUGCUGGUGGAGAAUAUGGUCCUUACCGACAAUCAGAAAGAAAUGCUCUAUACAAACAGUAUGCGGAGAAGCUUUUAGAAUCUGGUCAAGUAUAUCGCUGCUUUUGUUCAAAUGAGGAACUAGAAAGAAUGAAGGAAGUCGCAAAGCUGAAGCAACUGCCUCCUGUAUACAUGGGAAAGUGGGCCAGUGCUACUAAUGAAGAAGUACGGGAAGAAUUGGAAAAGGGUACCCCUUACACGUACCGAUUUCGCGUGCCUCAAGAAGGAAGUUUGAAAAUCAAUGAUCUCAUACGAGGGGAAGUUAGUUGGAACUUGGAUACACUUGGAGAUUUUGUAAUUAUGAGGAGCAAUGGGCAACCUGUCUAUAAUUUUUGUGUCACUGUUGAUGAUGCUACCAUGGCUAUCUCACAUGUCAUAAGAGCAGAGGAACAUUUACCGAACACUCUUAGGCAGGCGCUGAUAUAUAAGGCUCUUGGUUUCCCAAUGCCUUACUUUGCACAUGUUUCCUUAAUUCUUGCACCUGAUCGUAGUAAACUGUCAAAACGACAUGGUGCGACUUCAGUUGGUCAGUUCAGGGAGAUGGGAUAUCUGCCCGAGGCUAUGGUUAACUACUUGGCUCUAUUAGGUUGGGGGGAUGGUACUGAGAAUGAGUUUUUUACUCUCGAACAACUUGUGGAAAAGUUUUCGAUUAGCCGUGUGAACAAAAGUGGUGCUGUUUUUGAUUCUACUAAGUUAAGGUGGAUGAAUGGUCAGCAUUUGAGAGCCCUUCCAUCUGAGGAAUUGACCAAGCUUAUUGGUGAGCGCUGGAAGAGCACGGGUAUCCUGACAGAAUCAGAGGGACCAUUUAUUGAGGAAUCAGUUCAGCUGCUCAAAGAUGCAAUUGAUUUGGUAACUGAUGCUGACAAGGCGCUCUCAAACCUUCUGUCCUAUCCUCUACACACUACUCUGACAAGUUCCGAAGCUAAGCCUCUUGUAGAGGAUAAGCUUUCUGAAUUUUCAGCCAGCCUCAUAGCUGCAUAUGAUAGUGGCGAAAUCCUUAAUGCGCUUGAAGAAGGCCCUUCUGGUUGGCAGAAGUGGGUGAAAAAUUUUGGGAAGUCAUUGAAACGCAAGGGAAAAUCACUUUUCAUGCCACUCCGGUUGUUGCUCACUGGGAAAAUCCAUGGCCCUGAUAUGGGAACUAGUGUCGUCUUACUUCAUAAAGCGAGAUCGUCCGGCGUCGUUGCUCCUCAAGCCGGGUUUGUGCCACUGACUGACAGGUUUGAAAUUCUUAGACAAAUUGACUGGGAUGCAGUGACCAAGGAUAGCCCUCUAUUAGAGUCAUCUGCACCUGCGGCGGCCGUCCCCAACUGAGUUUUUUUUCUUUUUCUUUACAGUUUUGAUCGGCUUUUCAUUGAAAUAUGUCAUUAUAAAUUAUUCUUCGGUCUGAAUAAUUUAUAACCUUUUGUUAUUGUAAUUAUGAGAAAUGAUUAACAGAUGAGAUAUACUAUCUAUUUUGUAUGGUAGCAUCCAAUUUUCGGUUGAGUGUGUACAAUGCUGAUUCGUGUCUGGAAUACCAAGGAUGUAUUGAGUUUGAAAAGGAUAUGAAUUUAUUAGGGGUUUUUGUAUGGAUAAACCCAAAUUAGGGGA